CUGACGGAGAGACGAGACGCAGACAGCCAGGGCCGAGAGAGGGAGUGGGACCAGAGGAGCCAGAGGAACCGGAGGAGACGACCCACAGAGGAUUGCGAUACCUGCACAGUGACCUCAUAUCUGCCGGACUCCCACAGUGAAGUGGAGGCUGGAGCGGACGAGCAGCCUCUCCAGUGCGUGGGAGCGGAGCCACUCAGGGGACACACACAAAUGAGCGACGCGCACGGACACGACUCAGGUGCAGGGAAAGCAAACUGGCGGCGCACUUAGGAUGCAGAAGUCACCUGUGGAAGAUGCAAACUUCCUCUCCAAGUUUUUCUUCUGGUGGAUGACACCGCUGCUGAGGAAGGGCUUCAGAAAGAAAUUGGAGCUGACUGAUGUGUACAAGGCUCCUUCAUUUGAUCUGGCAGACAACCUCUCCGAGAGACUCGAAAGAGAAUGGGACAGAGAGGUGGCGUCAGCCAAGAACAAGCCCAGGCUGAUGCGAGCGCUGGCCCGCUGCUUCUUUGGCCCCUUCGCCUUCUUUGGUGUCCUCCUCUAUCUCGGGGAGGCGUCUAAGACAGUGCAGCCACAGCUUUUGGGUCGUAUCAUCGCAUCCUUUGACCCGUUCCAUGCUCCAGAGCGGAGUCAGGGAUUCUUCCUGGCCCUGGGCCUGUGCCUCCUCUUCACCGCCCGCUUCCUCCUGCUGCAGCCCGCCAUCUUUGGCCUGCAUCACCUGGGUAUGCAGAUCCGAAUCGCCCUCUUCAGUCUUAUAUACAAGAAGACCCUGAAGUUAUCCAGCCGUGUCUUGGACAAGAUCAGCACCGGUCAGCUAGUCAGUCUAAUGUCCACCCACCUCAACAAGCUAGAUGAGAGCCUGGGUCUGGCCCAUUUUGUGUGGAUCACCCCCCUGCAGUGUAUCCUGUGUGUGGGUCUGCUAUGGGAACUGAUCGAGGUGAACGGCUUCUGCGCCCUGGCAGCACUGACCCUGCUGGGUAUCAUCCAGGCCUGGCUCUCACAGAAGAUGGGACCUCAUCGGGUAAAACGAGCAGGGAUGAUCAGCCGCCGCCUGGCCCUCACCUCUGAGAUCGUGGAGAACAUCCACUCUGUGAAGGCGUAUGGCUGGGAGGAGGUGAUGGAGACCAUCAUCAAGAACAUAAGGCAGGACGAGAUGACACUGACGAGGAAGAUCGGUUCUCUGCGUUACUUCUACAGUGCUUCUUACUUCUUCUCUGCCAUCUUGGUUAUCGUAUCAGCCAUUGUGCCUCAUGCACUCAGCAAAGGCAUCAUACUGCGUCGAAUCUUCACCACAGCCUCUUACUGCAUGGUUCUGCGUAUGACGCUGACCCGUCAGCUGCCGGGAUCCAUCCAGAUGUGGUACGACACGCUGGCACUGAUCAAGAAGAUUGAGGAAUUCUUGAUGAAGGAAGAGUACAGAGUGCUGGAGUACAACCUCACCACGAGUGAAGUAGAACUGGUCAAUGUGUCUGCAUCGUGGGAUGAGGGCAUCGGUGAGCUGUUUGAGAAGAUUAAGCAGGAGAGCAAAGCAAAUGGACACCUGAACGGUGACGCCGGCCUCUUCUUCACCAACCUAUACGUCACACCUGUCCUUAAAAACAUCAACCUGUACCUGGAAAAGGGCAAGAUGCUGGCAGUGGCUGGAUCCACUGGCUCAGGAAAGAGUUCCCUGCUCAUGAUGAUCCUUGGAGAGUUGGUGCCAUCAGAGGGUAAAAUCAGACACAGUGGCCGCAUCUCCUUCUCACCACAGACUUCCUGGAUCAUGCCGGGGACGAUCCGUGACAACAUCCUGUUUGGCCUGACCUACGAUGAGUACCGCUACACCUCCAUCAUCAAGGCCUGCCAGCUAGAAGAGGACUUUGCCUUGCUGCCAGAGAAAGACAAGACGCUCCUUGUUGAAGGCGGGGUAACCCUCAGUGGUGGUCAAAGGGCUCGCCUCGGCCUGGCCAGAGCUGUGUACAAAGAUGCCGACCUCUACCUGCUGGAUGCACCUUUCACCCACCUGGACAUCGUGACAGAGAAAGAGAUCUUUGAGAAAUGCGUCUGUAAACUUAUGGCCUCCAAGACUCGUAUUGUGGUCACCAGCAAGUUGGAGCAUCUCAAACGGGCAGACAAAAUUAUUCUGCUGCACAACGGCGACUGCUACUUCUACGGCACCUUCUCAGAGCUGCAGGCCCAGCGCCCCGACUUCAGCUCCCUCCUCCUUGGCCUUCAAGCUUACGAUAACAUCAACGCAGAGCGACGCAGCUCCAUUCUCACAGAAACUCUCCGCAGAGUCUCCGUAGAUGAAACUGCCGGCUUCCGAGGACCAGAGCCAAUUCGGCAGUCGUUUCGCCAGCAACCACCUCCAAUAAUCGGUUCUGGAUCUCAAGGCCACCCUGUGGGCGAUGGCUACCCAGAAAAACGCAAACAGUCCCUCAUCCUUAGCCCCCUGGCAGCUGCCCGCAAGUUUUCCUUCAUUGGGAACUCGCAACAGACUUUAAAUGCACCACAGUCCUCAAUAAUAGAGGACGGGGUUUGUGAACUUUCAGAGAGAAGAUUCUCUGUGGUACCCGAGGAUGAUCAAGUAGAGGAGGUGCUCCCCAGGGGGAACCUGUACCACCAUGGGUUGCAGCAUUUCAACGGGCAGAGGCGCCAGUCUGUCCUGGCAUUCAUCACCAACGCACACGGUCAAGAGCGGAGAGAGCAGAUGCAGUCGUCCUUCAGAAGAAAACUGUCCAUUACACCGCAGUGCGAUCUGGCGUCUGAACUGGACAUUUAUGCCCGUCGCUUAUCCAAGGACAGCGUUUAUGACAUUAGUGAAGAAGUGGAUGAAGAAGACAUGGAGCAAUGCUUUGCAGAUGACCGUGAGAACGUCUUUGAAACUACCUCAUGGAGCACUUACCUGCGCUACAUCACCACCAAUAAGAGCUUAGUCUACGUCCUCAUUUUCAUCGUCUUAGUCUUCGUCAUUGAGGUUGCUGGUUCAGUCAUUGGCAUUUAUCUCAUAACUGAAAAGAUCUGGAGGGACGGCGCAAACCCUUCAUCACCCAACUUCAUCAGUGAGCAGCACCCCAACGCCUCUUCGCCCCCCGGCCACCUGGCAGUAAUCGUCACAAAGACCAGUGCUUAUUACAUCAUCUAUAUCUACGUGGCCACUUCGGAGAGUGUGCUUGCCUUGGGCUUCUUCAGGGGUCUCCCGUUAGUGCACACAUUACUCACUGUGUCCAAAAGACUGCACGAGCAGAUGUUCAGCGCUGUGCUGCGAGCCCCCAUGGCUGUGCUCAACACCAUGAAGACAGGUCGCAUCAUGAACAGAUUCACCAAGGACAUGGCCACUAUAGACGACAUGCUGCCUCUGGUCCUCUUUGACCUCAUACAGCUGACAUUGAUUGUUACGGGUGCCAUCUUCACCGUCUCCAUCAUACGGCCGUACAUCUUCAUCGCUGCUAUUCCUUUGGCUGUUAUUUUUGUUAUUCUCAGGAAGUACUUUCUACGAACUGGACAGCAACUUAAACUACUGGAAGCUGAAGCUCGUAGCCCCAUCUUCUCCCACCUCAUCAUCUCACUGAAGGGUUUAUGGACAAUUCGUGCAUUUGGGCGUCAGACCUACUUCGAAAUGCUCUUCCACAAGGCGCUGAACACCCACACAGCCACCUGGUUCCACUACCUGUCAACGCUGCGAUGGUUCCUUUUCCGCUGCGACAUGAUCUUUGUCCUGUUUUUCAGCGCGGCGGCCUUCAUCGCUGUGGGAACCAACAAGGACAAACCCGGGGAGAUUGGCAUCAUUGUGGCCCUGGCAAUGCUCAUCCUGGGGACUUUCCAAUGGGCUGUCAUCACCAGCAUCACUGUAGAUGGACUGAUGCGUUCAGUGGAUCGGGUAUUCAAAUUCAUCGACCUGCCAUCAGAGGAGCCGAUGCCCGGAAAGUCUAGUGGCAAAGGAGGCCCAGAUCUCAUCAUCGACAACCCUCAUGCUCAAGACUGCUGGCCCAACCGCGGCCAGAUGGUUAUCCAGGGCCUCACCGCCAAAUACACAGAGGCUGGUCGUUCCAUUCUCAGUGACAUCUCCUUCUCUGUGGAGGGGGGGCAGAGCAUGGGUCUGCUGGGUCGAACCGGUUCAGGGAAGAGCACCCUGCUGUCCGCCCUGCUGCGUCUCGCCUCCACUGAUGGAGAAAUCUCUAUUGAUGGUGUCUCCUGGAACUCCGUCUCCCUGCACACCUGGAGGAAGGCCUUCGGAGUGGUGCCCCAGAAAGUCUUUAUUCUGACUGGAACUUUCCGGAUGAACCUGGACCCUCAUGAACGUCACAGCGAUGAGGAGCUGUGGAGGGUGGCUGAGGAGGUGGGUCUGAAGACAGUGAUCGAGCAGUUUCCAGACAAGCUGGACUUUCAGCUGGAGGACGGAGGAAACGUGUUGAGCAAUGGACACAAACAGCUGAUGUGUCUUGCACGCUCCAUCCUUAGCAAGGCCCGCAUCCUGCUGCUGGACGAGCCCUCCGCCUACCUCGACCCCAUAACAUUACAGGUCCUGAGGAAGACGCUGAGGCAGGCGUUCUCAGGCUGCACCGUCAUCCUAUCGGAGCACAGAGUAGAGCCGCUGCUCGAAUGCCAAUCAUUCCUGAUGAUCGAGGGCAGCUCCAUGAAAACCUACGACUCCCUCCAGAAACUUCUGAACGAGACGAGCCACCUGAAACAGGCCAUGAGCCCUGCCGACCGGCUACGCCUCUUCCCAACGCUUCACCGCCUCAACUCCAGCAAGAGGGCGGCGCCGCAGACCGCCAAGAUCUCGUCCCUGCCGGAGGAAGCUGAGGACGAGGUCCAGGACACGCGUCUCUAACCGGCCAGACACACAAAUACACACAAUGGCAUGAACAUAAAUUAGUUUGAUCCAGUGUUUUGAUCCAGUUGAGUCGAAUCAACAAAUGGUUAAAAUUUGUUUAUUCCCCAAAAGCUGGAAAACACUGAUACAUACUCAUGAUGGGAAAAAGUACCCAGAUAGUAGCUCAAUUUAUUUAGAGUGAAAUAAAAAAUGUAAUGUCUAGAAGAAUUGAUGAAAGUCCAAUUCUGUCCACGGUCGAUCAAACAGACCAUGGAUGAAAUUAACUAAUUUAUAUAAAUGAACUUAAAUACUACUGUCACAGAAUGAGGGUAAUUUAUUGACAUAAUUCUACAUUGAUACAAGUGGUAGAAGAGAUUUUUUGCACACAAAUAUAAUUAGUCUGAAUGUGUGUAUGGGAACAACUGUGUGUAUAAAUCUGAAAUUCUCCCUGAAUAUGAAUCAGGUCUAUUACAGAUUACAGAAAUAAAACUUUUGACAGAAGUUUCUAAUAGCUCUGUGCUAUGGGUUGACUGUUGAUCAACAUGAUACAACAGCAGUAUAAAAACAAGGUGGUAUGACAGCUGGUAUAGAAGCUGUUGGUGUAAGUCUGCCACUAAAUGAGAAACAUAAACCAGCUUGUGUAUGUGCUGCAGGGAGAGGUUUUUAAUCACCAACGCAUGGAUAAAGAUAAAAUCCUCCAUGUAAAAGAGAGCUCCAGGGGAAAAACUAAAUGGCUAUCAGUUGUGUACAAAUUGUUCAAUAAGCCCAUAAUAACACAUUACAAAUGUGUGGCCUCAGUCUGACUAAUUGGACACUUUGUUGUAGAACUAGCUCGAGGGCUUUGCAGGUUUCAGUCAAACAGGUGCCUUCAGGUGGAGGACAGUAUGUAGGACUCCCCCCACACUAACAUCAUUCUCUAAUGUUCAGUCUGGGGCCAAAACACGAUGUGCUUUGAAAAGGCAUCAACUGCAUCACAGGUUUUCUUUUGCAUUAUUGUUUCAAAAACAUUUUCAUUGGCUUGAACUUUCUAAGAAACCAGUUUCUUUCAUUCUCUGGAAACGGACCUGACACAAGAGAAGCCUCGGUAGAAGCCUGGUGUGAUCAGAUCUUAGCUUCUCUCCAAUGUACAAUUACAUGAGAAAACUCAUACGCACCAAAUCCAACCAGCUUCAUGUAGCUAACAGGAAAUAAAUAUAUUUAUUGGUAGCCAGUUCAAUUUUGGCCUUUAUCCACAUGAGUGAUUUGCUGCUUUAAUUCCUCUUCGCACCGCAGAUACGCUUCCAUUGUUACCCUGUGUGCCAGUGCAACUUUUCACCUGCGUAUGUGUGUGUUUAAAAUAACCCAACAACACAGCUUUAUACCAAACUUGGUGGGGAUAUUUCUUUGGAGGGUAUAUCUGAAUGAUAACGUUUUGGAGAUGAUUUGGGAUUUUAAGUCGAGAUCAACAAAUUUGGUCUGAAACGAGCAUUUUAAGAUAUUUCUGCAAUAUUUGAUUGGAUUAAAGCUGAGUGAGAAUGAGACUUGUGCCGUGGCUUCAUGUGUAUUGUCUGAAUAUUAUUAAUUACAAUACUCAGCUCGGUAUCUUUGAUCAGUCUGACCCCACAGUAACUUCACUGCUAUCAACACACACACAGUGACGCUGUUGGCUGACGCGUGAUGACUCAGAAACCCUUAUUUUUCUAUCUGUAUGCACUUUAGAGACACCGAGGUACUCAUCAGCUUUCAACAGUCAAAUGAUUCAAUGUUGUUUAACUCCAUCAAGUGUAAAUGUCAAAUGAUUUCCUUUGAUAACAAAUGAUGCUUGUUACUUUAAUCGUUCUGCCUCUUUAAGUUGAUGAAUUAGGGGGAAGCCAGUAAUUCAUCCAGAAUUCAAAAUGCAAUAAAGUAUUUUUUCUUUUCAGAGCCAUUGCUGUACAAACAAAACAUUUUUCAGUUUUUAUGAUUUUUUUUUUUUCCUGUUGUAUCUGAUGCUUCCCUCUGAAAGUGGAAACCGUUCGACUCCUGCGUCAUUGUAUUUUCUUCUUUGGUUGAGGGAAGACAGUGUUGCUCCUUUCAUACUGAAUAAUAGUUUUGUAUUGCAGUGAUGCAGAAAAUGAAGGUACCGCGGAGAAAUGCCUUGAUAUGUUAACUGUGACAUUUAAGAAAUUUUUUUACAGUGUAAAUUAAGAACAAAGCUGUUUCUUACACAUAGGAAAAGGACAAAGAUGUCCAAAAAAUGUAUAAAUAUAUUUGUUCAAUCAACUAUAUUUCCAGUAAAACUAUAGAUUUUGAGAA